AUGGCUACUUUCGUCGAUCACUACGCCGUCCUUGGCGUCAAGUCCACUGCAAACCUCUCCUCCAUCAAGAAAGCCUACCGCCAACUGGCCCUCCAACACCAUCCUGACAAGGCAGCGCCUGAUGGAAAAGUCGAUGCAGCCAAGUUCAUCAGCGCGCAGGCCGCCUACGAAAUCCUUGUCGACGUUAGCAGGCGCAAAGCCUACGACAUUCAGUACGAUAAGCGCUCCAAGGCUGCCCACGCCACAAGACUUGCGCACAAGCAAGCCACACGUCUCGCUCGAUUUUACCAGCGAGAGACAGAUGGCAGCUAUGGCGGUGGAUACGGGCGCGAUGAGAUGGGCGGCGACGAGGAGGAUGAGGUCGUGGAGGACUAUCCAUCCGACACCCCGACCGACCCAGGCUCCGAGUGCGAAGACACAGGCGUCUACGAGGACGGCUACGCAGACCCCCACUACAAGCCCUACCGCAACUCGAACGACGUAGUCUAUGGAAGCUUCUACAGCUGCGGCAUCUAUGUGGGGGACCCCGACUUCGACUCCACCGACUCCCACUACCAAUUCCCUGACGACCUUGCGGACGGCUUUUCGCCCGCGCAGGGCUGCGACGACGAGGGGGACACCAUCAGCGAGUUCGACAGCGACGAAGAGAGCCCUGCGCCGUGCAUCUCCCACCCAUUGACCGAGGCGUUCGACGCGUUCGCCAACAUGAGCAAGUCGCACUACCUUGAGGAGAAAGUCCUCGGCCGAUACUACAAGGGCGCACUGUACGAUCUGCAGAGAAAGAAGACCGAGUGCAACAACAUCGGCGCGCAGCUCGUGGACAUCGCGGUGCGCGUGCGCAAGAGAGUCUCCAGCAUGCCUGCGGGGAGUUUCAAGCUCGGGGAAUUCGAGGAGGCGCUGUCGCGGAAGCUGGGGGCGGCUCGACGCGCCCUGGACGAUGUUCGAGCGUCCCUCGAGGCCUCUCUCAGGGUCAUGCGCGUCGAGCACCAGCCCCAGUUCUGGCGGCUCAUGAACAAGCGGACCUGGAGCGUCCUCGAGACCAUCGAGAGAAGCGCCACGCACAUGGAGAAGAUGAAGGAGGCGCUGUCUGACUUGGAGGAGAUCGUCAUCAAGUUGGAGGGGUGGCCCAACGAGGAGCUGGGCAAGGUCAAGGGCUACCUGGGCAGCUUCAUGCAUGAGUUUCGCGACUGGCAGAAGGAGAUCACGUCGGCCAUGGAAAGUCAGCGCUCCAGCCUAGGCCUGCUAGACGAAGAGCACAUGGCCAUAUUUCGCAACGCGCUGGGAAACCUAUUGCUCACCGAAGCCUCGGAAUCCACAUACGCAGAGAUAGUUGACGGCCUACCAACUCUAGACCCUUGGAAUGAGUUUCACUUUUGGGCUCCAGUCGCGGGCAACCCCAUAAGGGAACUGGAGCACAAGGAACUCUGUGCCGGAUCCCGCGAGAAAGCCCAAAAGCUUCGUUCAGAAUUUGACGUAUAUAUCUUGCUCUUCCCUUCUCAGCUGCUCCGAGACUUUCAGGAUGCACGCCCAGGAACAAAAGAGCAUGCAUUGAGCCUCAUAGAGCUACUGGCGAGAUCUUGUCACCAGCUCGCUGUUUUCAUCUUCCAAUUAGAUGACGGCGUCCAUAAGCACGCUUUGUAUGAAGCCUGGCGCGAUGCUCCGAAUGUCGACCCGCUAAAGCGCGUGUCUAAGAAGCCGCCCUCUGCUUUCUCGAAUGCAGUGUAUCAUUUCUAUGAACAGUACCCAAAUGGUCUCGCCGAUGUGGUAGGAUACUGGGCGGAAUCGAAAAUCUUCGGUGGAGUCGUUGUUUUUGACCGGGGACCUUCUGGCAUUGAGAGGCUUUAUCUCGACCACCAGCGCCGCGAGAUGUACUUGCAUGGUUGCUCUAUUCAUAGCCCGUUCACCCUAUUUCCCCCAACCGACGAUCAAUUUGAGUCAUUGGUCCGUUUCUUAAUGUCUCCUCUUCAGGACGGGCCCACGGCCGAUCAAAAACCAAGCAGCCGUUCGGUGCAGCUCCCUAUCAAGGCGUCGUCUCUCAACGGUUGGCGAUACCAUCCAGAUGGCGCUAUGUGUCGUUUCAACAUCUUCCGCGAUCGCUAUGAGAGGCUAGAGCCGCCGACCAAACGCUGGAGUAAUUCUAUUCUCAGUGGAACGAAUUGGCCUGAGACUGGGUACGAAAUGACGCUCAUGUUGUUGGACAUAGAUCGCAGGAACGGGAAGCCGGUAGACGAGGCGGUGGUCGCUGAAGCUCAGGCAGGGAUAAAGAGGAUCACCCCGUCAUCUCCUAUUUGGCCAGACGGUGGAAGCACCUAA